AUGAUGUGCGCGGUGGCGACAGGCCCCAAUGCCAUUCCAGUCUCCUUUGAGAGGAGAAACCGACUCCUCAGCACUGUGGAAGGAACUAAUACGAGCAAGGAACACGAGGAAGAGACUCGACCGCUCUCGGAAUUGCGGUGGAAGUCUGGGCCAACGUCGAUCCUGAGUGAGGAGACUCCGGACGCGACGACUGAUAGCCGCAGGAAGUCUGCGGAGGCAACACAGGAAGGCCAUGGGUCAGACGUGACAGAGAUUCUGCCACACUGGUGGAGGGAGACUUACAUGAAAGAGUCUUACGACCAAGGGGGGGCGUUGUGCUGUGUGGGUGCGACGGCAGUACUUCGCGUUGAGCUUGUAGGGAGCCCAUGCGAGGCCCUCUUGGACACUGGAGCGUCACGAAGUUUCAUUAGUCCCAGAACAGUCGAACGUCUGCAGCUGAAGGUACGGAUGCUCCCCAGGGAACAUAGGUUCACUGUGGCCACAGGUGCACAACUACGCAUUGACAGGGUUGUAACGGGACUGACGUUGUGGUGUGGACACGCACGUUUUUCCGGGGACUUUCUAGUGGGACCCGUUCCCUAUGACUUAGUCUUGGGCUUGGAUUGGCUGACGGAACACAAGGUGGCCUGGUAUUUUCAGUCGGACAAGCUCCGAACCUAUGUGAAUGGCCAGUGGUGCGAGUUACCGGUCGUUCGGACUGGCGAAGCAACGCUGCGAGGUGACAGUUCCAUCGCAGCCCAACCAAAGACCCCUGCAGAACAAGCGUAUGAGAUACUGGCAAAGCAAGUGGCGGGUAUGUCUGCCGAGGAGGCCGCCAUAUUCUUACGCCCACCUCCAAGGAGGUAUAAACCCCACGCGAAGAAGAAGGCGAAGGCGCGGAUAACGUCGCUCGUUCGUCAAGCAGCUGAGGACACAAAGGAUCUCAAGGCUCCAAUGCACGGUUUGCACCUCAUACUCGCUUUGCCCGAAGCCG